AUGGCUCAGAGGAGAGAGGAUCAGAUGCCCCCAGCUACCAAGGAGCAGCGAAGCUUAAGGCCAAGGCCAAAGGGUGACUCAAAAGAGAAACAGAAGAUUUUCUUUCCGGGUGCGUCUCUUGAAGGCGCUGCUUCUCAUUCGGCCUCAGGGGAGAUUGGCAUCAUUGAGAGUAUCCAGCUGGAGAACUUUAUGUGCCAUGCCAUGCUGGGGCCGGUGAAAUUGGGGCCCAAUGUCAACUUCAUAGUGGGAUACAGGGGCAAGAGUGCGUUGCUGAUGGCUCUCUACCUCGGGCUUGGUGGAAAAUACGUAGGACCGUCUUUGGGAGAGUUUGUGAAAGAUGGAGAGGUUUCAGCCACCAUCUCCAUCAUAUUAAGGAACAGAGGACAUAAUGCUUUCAAAUCUGAGGUGUAUGGAGCCUCCAUAAUCAUACAGCAGAGCAUCAGUAUAAGUGGGUCUGCAAGUUACAAACUAAAAGACCAAGCAGGAAAUCUGAUUUCCUCUAAGAAAGUAGAGCUGAUGGCCAUUGUUGAUCAUUUCAAUAUACAGGUAGAUAAUCCAGCAUGUAUUUUACCACAAGAGAUGGGCAGGCAGUUAUUGGAGACCAAAAGUGAUGCUGAGAGAUACAAGUUCCUUCUGAAAGCAACCCAGCUUGAACAGAGGCAAAAAGAGUACUCAGAAAUUUUGGAGAGAAAAACUCAUUGCCAGGAUGAGAUAGAUCAAGUUAAAAAACAGCUUGAGGAGUUCAGAUGUAAGGACAUAGCAAUAGAGGAACAUAUUCAGAAGAUGGUUGCCUUGAGACAGAAAUUAGAAGAUUUAAAACAUGAAAUGGCUUGGGCACUAGUGAGUGAAACUGAAAGAGACCUUAGUGAUAUGAUUAGUAAAAUAAAUAUUGGAGACCAACAUACUGUUGUAUUAAAUCAGAAACUGGAGGCCUCAAAGGCCAAAUUUAAUGAAUCAGAAAAGAAGUAUAGAGGCAUUCUUGAGAAGAUACAGAAAUUAAAAGAAGAAGCAGCUAAAUUAGGGCCCAAAUGCAUUGAAGCAAAAGAAGACGUCAAGACAACAGACAGGGCCCAUAGUAAAGCAGAGGCUUUCUAUAAACUUUCCCAAAAUGAAUUGAAUGAAUUAGAAAAAGUUGCAGUACAGAUUCAUAACAAAAUUGAAGACCUGAAAAAGAGUCUGGAACUAGCAGAGUUGGAAAAACAGGAAAAAAUUAACAUGUUGAAGGAAAAAUCAAAGAACUUUAAGGAUCAAGAAGAUUCACUUGUUCAAGAUAUAGAGCACCUCCAUCAAGCUAUACAAAAAUAUGAUGAAGAACAGUCUCAAAUUAGAAAAGAAGAGUCAUACAUGCAGCAAAUACUGGAUUACAAACAACAACAGCUAAACCAAUUGAAAGAGUAUAAAUUUGACCCACUAAAACGAUUUGGAUCACAGAUCCCAGCCCUUCUUGAAGCAAUAGAGGAUGCCUAUAGACAGGGGCAAUUUACCUUUAAGCCUAUAGGCCCACUAGGAGCUUGCAUUCGUCUCCGAGACCCUGAAUUUGCUUUGGCUAUUGAGUCCUGCUUAAAGGAUCUUCUUCUUGUCUUUUUUUGUGACAACAACAAAGAUGAGCAAGUCCUUCAAGAGCUGAUGAAAAGGUUUUAUCCAUUAGGCUUUCUACAACCACAGAUUAUCGUAUCAUCAUUUGAGUGUGAGCUGUAUGAUGUCACAGACAAAGCAGCUUAUCACCCAGAAUUUCCAACAGUUCUCACAGCUUUAGAAAUAGACAGUCCAGUAGUGGCCAAUACUUUGAUUGACAUGAAGAGCAUAGAGUCAGUGCUGCUUAUUAAAAGUAACUCUUUGGCCUGUACAGUGAUGCAAAGUCAGGAACCCCCCAAGAACUGUAGCAAAGUUUUAACUGCCUGUGGUGAUGAAGUAUUUGAGAAUCAUUAUUACUCAUGCGGAGAAUCAAGACCUACUUACUUAGGUGAUGUGGAAAUAGAAAUAAGUCAUUUGGAGAAAGAAAUAGAAAGUAAAAUGGCACAGUUGUUAGUGUUUCAGCAACAUGAGUCUUCACUUGAAAAGGAUGUCAAAAAGAAUCAAGAAAUUGUUAAUAGUCAUAAUCAACAUUUAAAAGAAAUAAAGAUCAGAGUAUUAAAUAUCACUUCAGAAAUAAGAGAUCUUGAGGAUGAAGAUAAAAGUCAGUCAAUAGGUAUCUCUGUUCUGGAAGAGGAAGCUCAAGAAAUUAAAGAAGAGAUGAAAGAGAUUGAGGAAAAGAUGAAAGUUCAAAAGAAAGAGAGAGAUUGUUUAAGACAAUUGAAAAUGGAUACUGAACAGAGACACAAAGAGUUUAAGUUGAAAUGUAAUCAAGUUUCAGAGUUCAUAGAAUCCCUUACAGAAGAACAAAACCAGACCGCUUUAGAAAUGAACACCCAACGCAAAUCUGUGCUGUAUUAUGAAAAAUGGCUUGAGCAACACCUGAAUCCUCUCCAAGUGAAAAAAGAAGAGCUGGCAAUGAAAAAGAGAGAACUUGAGAAGGAGACUACUAUGGCCAAAUACGUCUGCUCUGAGCGUAAAGAAGUGACAAAAUCUACCACUUUUAUUGAUGGAGAAAUGAUUGUGUUAAAAAAGACCAUACAAACAGAAGAAUGUACUCAUGGAACCCAAGAAGAAAUAAGGAAGCAGCAUGAAGAAGUAAAAGAAAGUUGUCUUGCUCUAGACGGUAAAGUGAAGAAUUUGAAAAAGCGUAUUAAAAAACUUGAUAAGAUGUUUAAAAAGAGAUCUGCAACAUACCAGAAUUAUAAAAAGAGUCUUUCUUUACAAUGCAAAUUGUAUUUUCACAACUUACUAUCUCAGUGGUCUUUCUGUGGAGAGAUACAAUUGGAUCAUAAGAAAGAGACCCUUUCUAUAGCAGUCCAGCAUAGAGAAGGAAGCAGCACUGAUUUUAGUGACAUUCAAGCCUUCUCAGGAGAUGUACAUUAUUUUUCAAAUUUCUUAUUCAUUCUUACUUUAUGGCACAUCACAGAAUCACCCUUCAGAUGUCUGGAUGCAUUUGAUGUCUACAUAGACAGGCACCAUAGAAAAAUUGCCAUGAAUAUGAUCCUCAGGAUUGCAGAUUUCGAGCAACACCGGCAGUUCAUCCUGCUUACUCCACAAUACAUGAGCUCUCUUCCUCCAAGUCCAUUAAUUGAAAUACUCGAAAUUCCAGACCCUGAAGAAGACAAAAUGACCCUGCCUUUCCAAGCACUCAAUCCAGAAGAAGAAGAUAAAAAAAAAUGCAGCCUGGCCACAGCCUCUGAGACUGCUGAAGGCCCAGCUUCCUUCACAGCAGCCAAAGCUGCUAAAGAACCAGAAAGCAAAGUUGUCGUCAAAGUCCUUGGCACUGUCAGAUGGUUUUAUCAAUUGAAAUGA